AUGAAAAUCGCCGUCUGUAUAAAACAGGUGCCCGUCAUCUCGAUGCUCAAGUUUGACAACGAGACUCGCCGCGUGGUGCGCGAGGGCGUGCCGAACGAGGUCAACCCAUACGACGUUCUGGCGCUUUCGCUCGCCAUGCGACUCAGGCAGGAACAGGGAGCCGAGGUCGUCGCGCUCACGAUGGGGCCGCCGCAGGCGUCCGACGCGCUCGUCCAGGCUCUCGCCAUGGGUGCUGACCGCGCAGUUCACCUCAACUGA